AGUGACGUAGCAUGCCUCCCCCAAUUCCAAAGUGUAAAAGUGAGCCGAUGUAUUUAAUAUUAUCCCGCAAGAUCCCAGAGAUGAACUGCAUAUAGAGUUGUAGUCGCAUACAAACUCUUAAAAUAAACCCUAUAUAAAAUGUCAUCUGAUUAAAAAACCAAAAAAGAAAGGUUUGAAUCAAUUUAGUGUAAGAAAGGCGGUGGCGCUGAGGUGGGAGGAUGGAAGAGGGGUUGUUAUUGAAGGCAGAGAGAAGAGAAGAAGGAAUGGUGGUAUUAAGAUGGAAAGAUAUAAGAGAAGAAGUGAAAAAAGUGAGUUGGUUAGCAGGUCCAAUGGUAGCAGUUGUAUUAUCACAAUAUUUAUUACAAGUUAUUUCAAUGAUGAUGGUUGGUCAUCUCGGUGAGCUUUCUCUUGCUAGUACCGCCAUUGCUGUUUCUCUUUGCGGUGUCACCGGUUUCAGUCUUCUGCUAGGGAUGGCAAGCGCAUUAGAGACUCUAAGUGGACAAGCUUAUGGAGCACAACAGUACAGGAAAUUGGGAACACAAACAUACACUGCCAUUUUCUCUCUUACAUUAGUGUGCAUCCCACUCUCUGUCCUAUGGAUUUUCAUGGGAAAGGUCCUCGUUUUUGUUGGACAAGAUCCUUCAAUAUCGCAUGAAGCUGGUAAAUUUUCAACAUACCUUUUGCCUGCCCUCUUCGCUUAUGCAGUUCUUCAACCUCUAGUUAGGUUCUUCCAAUCCCAAAGUUUGAUCAUGCCAAUGGUUGCAAGUUCCUGUGCUACUCUAUGCCUCCACAUACCCCUUUGUUGGGCUUUGGUAUUCAAGUCUGGGCUAGGAAACCUUGGUGGUGCUGUUGCUAUGGGUAUAUCAAAUUGGUUGAAUGUAACUUUUCUAGUCUUGUAUAUGAAGUUCUCUCCCUCGUGUGCUGCUACUCGUUCUCCACUCUCCAUGGAAAUUUUCCAUGGAAUCGGGGAGUUUUUCCGCUUAGCUAUUCCUUCUGCUAUAAUGAUUUGCUUAGAAUGGUGGUCAUUUGAGCUGCUGAUCUUACUAUCAGGCCUUCUACCCAAGCCAGAACUUGAGACUUCUGUUCUCUCUGUGUGCUUGACAACUAUUUCAACACUUUAUGCAAUACCUUAUGGAGUAGGAGCUGCUGCAAGCACCAGAGUCUCCAAUGAACUUGGGGCUGGAAACCCACAGGGAGCUCGUACAGCUGCUUGUGGAGUUGUGGUGAUUGCUGUGGCAAAUGGUGUUUUUGUAAGCUCAGUCCUUUUUGCUACACGGAAAAUUUUUGGCUUCACUUUCAGCAGUGAGAAGGAAGUUGUAGAUUAUGUCACCACAAUGGCACCUUUGAUCUGUGUUAGUGUUAUAAUUGACAGCCUACAAGGUGUUCUUUCAGGUAUUGCUCGAGGAUGUGGUUGGCAACAUAUAGGUGCUUUUGUGAAUCUUGCUGCUUUCUAUCUUUUCGGAAUUCCAAUUGCAGCAAUAUUAGGCUUCUGGGUGAAUAUGAGAGGAAGAGGCCUUUGGAUUGGAAUCCUGUCUGGUGCUACUGUGCAGACAUUGCUUCUGACUAUCAUAACAUGUUGUACAAAUUGGGAAAAGGCGGCAAAUAAAGCAUGGGAAAGAAUGUCCAAAACAAGUUACGGAUCAGAAACAAAUGUAGAUGAGCAACAACAGUUGAUUAACUAGUUUUCGUAAAAGCAGAUUUUGUCUGUAAAAGCAGAAAAGUCUGAUACAAAGGAUGCAACAGACGAAGUUUUUCACGAGCAUUGCAAACGGAAUGACAAUAAUGUUUAGUGAGUAGAUUGGCUCUUCAGGCCACAAUUUUGUGAUAUUGCGAAGAAUAGAAUAGAAUGAUUAUGCUCAAGUAGUAAUGUGCUAGGACAUAACGAGUAUUUGAUAAGCGGAAGUUUCAAAGAAAAAUCCCGUUUUGCUUC